GCACAACCAGUGGAGAAAAAUCUUCCCCAAAAUCUGAUCUCUCUCUUUCUCUCUCAAGAUCUUGGGGGGCAAGAGGAGGCAUUGCGCAUCUUCGUGCCGGGUUUUGAUUUCUUCAUUUCUCUCGCUUCGUAGGGUUUUAGGGGGUCUCGGAAAAUGGCCACGCCCUUUCCCGCUCCGGUUACAGCUGCUCAGGUCGGGACGUACUUUGUGGGGCACUACUACCAGGUUCUGCAGCAGCAGCCGGAAUUUGUGCACCAGUUCUACUCCGAUGCCAGCACCAUGCUUCGUAUCGACGGCAACACCGGCGAGACCGCCGCUUCAAUGCUCCAAAUCCACUCCCUUGUUAUGUCGCUCAGUUAUACAGGAAUUGAAAUCAAAACAGCACAUUCUCUGGAAUCUUGGAAUGGAGGUGUUAUUGUGAUGGUUUCAGGCUUGGUGCAAAUUAAGGAUUUCAGUGGAAAGAGGAAAUUUGUGCAGACUUUUUUCCUUGCACCUCAGGAAAAAGGCUAUUUUGUGCUUAAUGAUAUUUUUCACUUCAUUGAGGAUGAGCCAGUUCGCCACCAUCCAGCGGUCUUAUUAGCCCAUAGCAAUCUCGAUUCCAAAUUAAAUGUGCCUAGUACUAUUCCAGAUCCAGUGUCCAAUUAUUUGCUUGGUGGGGAAAUCCAGGCAAGAGAGUUUGUGGCUCCUACUGAGGUCAAAGAAAAUGGUCUAGCUGACAAUUAUAGUUUUUCAGAGCAACGAUUGCAGCAAGUCCCCGAGUCUGAACACAUGCUCGAGAACAAUGCUUCAGAAGAGUCAAAUGGCUUACUUCAGAAUACAGUGAAUGCUGUACAAGACCACCUGCCUCCUACUGUUGAGGAACCUGUUGGAGAGCCCCAAAAACACACUUAUGCUUCUAUUUUACGGGUAGCUAAAGGUCAACCUACACAGGCAGUAGUUUCACAGCCUUCUAACAAAAAUGCGCCUCUUACUUCAGAGUGGGAUCAUAUUUCACAGCCCACCACUCAGCAAUCAAUUAUGCCAUAUAAUACAUUUGAAAGGUCUGUAGCAGAGAUGGCAGAGGAGGUUCCCACAAUGGAGUAUGAAGAUGAAAUUAGGUCUGUUUAUGUGAGAAACUUGCCACCGACGGUAUCUGCUUCUGAAAUAGAGGAGGAAUUCAAGAAUUUCGGUAGACUCAGCGACGAGGGUGUGGUCAUUAGAAGCCGCAAGGAUGUUGGCGUUUGCUAUGCAUUUGUUGAAUUUGAAGAUAUGACUGGUGUUCAGAACGCAAUUAAGGCGGGUUCUGUUCAGAUUGCUGGACGUCAAGUAUACAUUGAAGAGCGGAGACCGAACAGCAACAUUCCAUCUCGGGGAGCAAGACGGGGUAGAGGCAGGGGCAGCUACCAAACAGAGGCAACAAGGGGCCGUUUUGGCUCUCGGGUUUUUGGCAGGGGAAUUGGCUAUGACGGGGGUGAUCGCGACUAUAACAGAGCGAGAGGAAAUGGUUUCUAUCGACCAGGUCCCCGGCAAGACAGAGGGUUCACAGGCCACCAAGUAUCAAGAAGUGGACAAAAUCCUUCGGAGCUCUUUAAUUAGAAUUUUUUAACCAGGGAGAAUGAAGUUUUGAGUCAAGCCCUGCAGCUCAGCACAUUCACGUUUGUCAGUUCAAAGAUUAUGAUAUUGAUAUUUUCAGAAGUCGGCUUUAUUUUAGAUGUUUUGGAAUAUGAAUCACAUAUGUUCCCUUUUUUUUUUUCUUUUUUUUUUAAAUAAUUUUUUUUCUAGCAGGAAAAUUAUUAUAAUUUUAACAGCAAUGUGUUUGCAAUUUUGAGCUCAUAAUCCGGUGAAAUCUAGCGUUGUAUGUCCUAUUGGUGAAGGCUGUUGAAUUGAUUUAUUUAUUCAUUUGUGUAAUGUCUUGACCCUUUUCA